AUGUGGAGACGAACAUACCUUGUUUUGCUGCUUAUUCGCGUCUAUUUCGCACUGUCGCCGAGCUAUCUUCAUCCAGAUGAGAACUUCCAGGGCCCAGAAGUGUUUGCCGAGCAAGUCUAUUCUUAUCCGGCUCAGCUUACCUGGGAAUUCACCUCCGCCAAACCCAUCCGAGGCAUCUUCCCGUUAUGGCUAGGCUACGGCCUGCCUAUGACCUUUCUCAAAUGGUUCUGGACGGAGGCUGGGACGGGUAACACGCCACCAUACCUAAUCUACUAUGUGCUGCGCGGCUCGAUGUUUGGGCUGAGCUUUGUGCUCGAGGACUGGGCUAUACACGAGUUGAUCGCGUCUCCCCGCCACCGCCGGCAGGCUGUAGUGCUGGUCGCGUCGUCAUUUGUGACAUGGACGUAUCAGUCGCAUACAUUUUCGAAUUCUUUGGAGACGUUACUGGUAGCGUGGAGUUUGGUUGUGAUUCAGAGAAUUUUGGAGAAUGAGCAGCGCUCGUCUGUUUUGGCUUGCGCAAUACUCGCUUUUACGACCGUUAUAGGAGUGUUCAAUAGGAUUACCUUUCCGGCAUUUAUUGUGAUACCUGCGAUGCGAUUGAUUCCUCAUUUGUGGAAAAAGCCCUUUUCAUUCGCUUCUCUGGUUGUUUCCGGUAUAAUAUUCUCCCUGAUUGCUGUUUACGCCGAUACAAGCUUUUAUAGCUCUUCUCCGAUAUCACUGUCCGACCUUUUCCGAAGGCCCAUAAUUACGCCCCUUAACAAUCUUCUUUAUAACACCAACAAAACAAACCUUGCAUCGCACGGUCUACACCCUCAUUAUCAACAUUUUUUAGUUAAUGCGCCUCAGUUACUUGGACCUGUCUAUCUUCUUCUAAUGGCGUCGAUUUUCUGGCGUACAAGCCGCCUUCACUUUUCCCUCGCUAAUAUGAGAGCUAUAUCAGCAUUAUCAGGAGCCACAAUUCUGUCAAUUUUUCCGCACCAAGAGCCCCGAUUCUUAUUGCCUUGCGUCCCUCUUUUGCUCACUUGCUUCAAGUUACCGAAAUCACGUAUAUUCCUUGCUUCUUGGAUACUAUUCAACGGUAUUAUGGGGACUUUGAUGGGCAUUUAUCAUCAGGGCGGCGUCAUUCCCACCCAACUCCAGAUGCCAACUAUUCUGUCCGAUAUAAAGUCUAACGUGGAUAAUGUUCCUGUAGCUAAUGGGACGGCCAACGUUUUCUGGUGGAAAACCUACUCCCCACCAAGGUGGAUGCUUGGAGAUUUGGCCAACAUUACCAUUAGAACUCACGACCUUAUGGGGGUACCCGGUGUCGAAAUGCUGGCUAAAAUGAAGGAGAGUAUACCACAGUGCAUUGAUGCGCCGAUUAUACGCAGUGAGCAAGAUGCCUUGAUCAAUCCAAAUAUUCUCGUUGCGCCAAGAUCCGCGUCAUUUCUUGAUGAGUACACCAACCAUGCCGCUGGCACCAAUACGAACAGCGAACGUAGCCUUACCCUUGAGUUCAGGCAAAUCUGGUCGUAUAAUCGCCAUCUGAGCCUAGACGACCUAGACUUUGGCGACGAUGGCAUUCUGCCAACACUAAAACGCGUCCUGGGUCGGCAUGGGCUUGAUACUUGGCACGUCACCCGAGUAUGCAAAUGA